GAACUGAAAGCUGUUGAAGUGACAGGUAGAACGAUCAUUUUACGUGAAAAAAGGUCAAAAUGUCUGCAGGUGAACCUCCCCCUUAUCAGGAAGUUACUGGUCAACAAGGUUAUGGCACAGUACCAGGAGCAGCACCACCAUACCCUCAACCAGGGAAAUAUCCAGGUGGCCCACAGCAUCCCCAAGGAGGAUAUACCAACCCUGCAGGACCCCCAGCAGGGGCCUACACCGGUGCCCCCUACACCAAUAAUACUGGGGCACCCUAUACUAACCCACAGCAGGCAGGGUACCAACAGGGAUAUCAAAACUACACAAGCAGUAAUGUGAUUGUCCAACAACAACCUGCUUCUCAAGUGGUCAUUGUGGGAGGCUGUCCAGCGUGCAGGGUUGGAGUGUUAGAAGAAGAUUACACCUGCCUCGGUGUAUUGUGUGCCAUUCUGUUCUUUCCUCUUGGAGUUCUGUGUUGCCUAGCAAUGAGACAAAGACGAUGUCCAAGCUGUGGAGCUGUGUUCGACUGAGGUGCCCAAACAUUCUAGUGGGGCUUUGAUGUUCCUAGCAUGUUCAACCUGAAACACUGAUUAAUUAAAUACAAUUUUGUUUGUGUCUUUUGAAUUUAAUUGGAUUUCAUUUGUGGGAAACUUGAAUUUAAUUUCAUCUUCAAUAUCUGUUUCUCAGUUUUAAGAAACUUAUAGUGAAUUCUGACACAAAAAUAUUUGUCUUUUUUAGUUAAUUUUUUUUUUAACUUUCGGAUGCUUGACAAAAUUUAUUUCUUGAAAAGUUAAUAUUCAGAGUUGAAGACGACAGUAAAUCAAAUUUCAAAAAAUGUUAUGGAUGUGUUAAAUCCAUUAGAAAGUAUAAUGGUCGAAUGCUUUUUCAUUUACCUCAAUUUGCAUCACAAAGAAAGGUAUUAAAAGGUAAAUUCUGAUAAUUUGAUUUAUGAAAAGCAUGGCAUGAUAUUUCUAGGAGUACUUAAGAUUUAUAUAGCAUUUUUAACUCUAUAAAUAAAAAAAAAUGUGUGAAAAAUUACCAGAAAGUUAAGAUAAUUUCUAAAUACCAAUUAUUAUUAUUAUUAUCAUUAUUAGGUGAGGUAGCUUAUAACUUUAAAGAUCAGAAAGAGAUUAAAACAUUUAAUGUUUUCUUUGUUGUAUGUAUGUAUGUAUGUAUGUGUAUGUAUGUAUGUAGGUAUGUAUGUAUGUAUAUUGUUUGAAUGAAAAAGAAUGAUGGGUAUAUGGCAGAAUAGUUCAAAUAUUUGAUGGGAUUAUUAUAGAAAAAGAACAUGUUAGAAUUUUUUUUUAAAUAAUUGAGAUCAGUUAUUUACCUUUUUUUAAAAUUAAAGUAAGAUCACUGAAAAAUGAAGAGAUUUGAUGCAAAAUGGUCCUGGCAUAGAAGUGCACAUGUUGUGUUUGAAAAGUUACAUCCUCAUCCAGACCUGAAAAAACACGGGAUCAUAAUUUUUAUGCAGAGUAAAGGAUAAAUACACAGGUGUGUAUGCUGUUCACUAAAUUUUUUGCUGGGGUUGCUUUUUCAUUACUUCAUUAAGCUUGUUUUCUGUUGAUUUCAUUAUUUACACAUAUAGUAAAUUCUGUCCGGCUUAUAACAGUGCAAACAUGCUAUGGUGAAAUCAGGGCCUUGCAAACGCUUGUAAAUAGCUUGAUUUUCUGCAAAUUUAAUAUCAUUGUUUAAAUGGUAAAUUGAGGUGUACAAUUCCCAUAAAAACAUAAGUAGAUAAUUUUGUACAAUUUUCUGCAAAAGCAUCUUUUGAAACCCUAAUGCGUGCAGUAUUAUCCCUUUAAGGAAUAUCUUAUUAGCAUUUUAUGAAGGAACUCUUAAUUUUUUCUUCUUGCAGAUCUGUAACUUGCUUUGCUGAAACAAUAGCAUCAAAUAAUGAAAAAAAAUUUCUGGAACAGAUAGUUUGAGGGAUGUAUAAAAAGAUUAUCAUACGUUCCUGAUAGUAGUGAAGAUUAUUGCCAAUAGUUAUGUAUUAGUUUGAUAUGAAAAUUUGAGUCUUGUAUAUAAUGUAAACUUUGUGAUCUGUGUUGAAAAAAAUAUAGUGGGUACCCAAUAAACAUGUUUUCGACGUAUAUGUCUGCAAAAAAAAUGAUUGUAAAUUGAAUUUUAAUAGUAAAGUACACGUGUUCCUUCUAAAAACUAUCAAUAGUUUACUUUGCAUAUUGAGCUGAGGUUUUACAGAAGUUUAUCAAUAAGAUAAAUUGAUGUUGAGUUUCUCUGCAGAGAUUGUGUUAAUUUUAAUGUGAGCUUGUAUUUACAGUAAUAGUGCAAUAAGGAUGUUUUCUCUUACUAAUGUAUAGAUUGUUUAAAAUGUGUAUUAAAUUACUUUACAUCCAAUGAUCACAUAUAAGCAUGUAUGGAUAAUUUGUGCAUGAAAAUAUUUUAUCUAUUAGAAUUCAUAGUGAUGUGUGUUUAAGGAGGUACCAAUAAGGGUUUCACAUCAACUAUACAAGCAGACCCCCAUAUAAACCUAUAGUUCUGACAUCCAAUAGUAUCAGGCUGUUCAUGCUUUAGAGAUCUCGGAGUUCAAAAAUCUAAAACUGCUGAAAUUUUACUGAUACUGAUCAUGUGCAAUUUUUCAAGAAGAACAUUAUUUCUAAAAAUAGAUAACACAACUUAUACCUAAUCCCCGCUUACUUGUUCUUGGACAUCUUUGUGUUCUAAAUGACAAUGCUUUGUCACCAUUUUGUGGAUUUGCAUCAUUUCCAUUCUUUGAUUGUAGGGUAGUACAUUAUUUAAUUGCUUAAUGUAUAGUUAAAAGAGUCAGAAUGAUUUAAACCAACAUUUACUGAAUUAGGGAUUUAUAACCAGAGAGCAAAAUGUUUUAGCUCACUUGGCCCAAAGGCAGGAGGGGCAGGGACUAAUAGGGUAAAGAGAGCAACUUCUUUGAAAUUCUACUUCUCCUGUAGGAAUGAUUAGAUUUUGAUCAGAUUUGGUCUGGACCAAUCUUUGGCAAAGAUAAAUCAAUUUUGUAUAAACAGUGGGUCUUGACCCCUCAGACUGGAAGGGAGAGGCCCUGUGGUGGAAAUAGUGCAAAUUCCUACUUGUAGGAAUGAUUGGUUUUUGUCCAAAUUUGGUCUGAAGUAUUCUUACAUUAAGGGAAAUCAAUAUUGUAUAAAUCGUGGUUCUCAGCCCCCUGUGACAGGAGGGGAAGGGCUCAAUUGGGAGAAUAGAGCAAAUUCUUUGAAAUCUUGCUCCUCCUGUAGGAAUGAUUGAAUUUUGGCCAAAUUUGGUCAAAACAUUGUUUGGAAAAGAAGAAUCAAGUCUACCAGGUGAGCAAUAUAGGCCCUAUGGACCUUUUGUUUUUGGCUCAACAUUUCUAGUUUGUUUAGAGCAGGAUUUUGUCCGAUUUUGUACUAAAGGUUGUGAAGGAAGACUAAUUUAUUUCUCUCAAUCACUUAGAUUUUGUGAAUACUUUACAAAUUUAUCGCUUUAGACAUAUUCACAAAUACAUGAUUUUACAAACAGUGGUCUAGAUAUGACUUAAGAUUCACGAAUUGGGCUUUUAGAUAUAUGGAUCCUGAUAUCGGCAACAGAAUCAGCAUGGAUUUUAUUAAUAGUUAAUUUCCGACAAAUAAUCGUGAGGGAUUUGAAUUAGGAUGGGUUCUAUCUAAACAGAUCCCCACUUAGACCAAAUAGUUGAUCAGUUGUAUAAGGUAGGGUCUUUGUUGAAAUCAUAGCAUUGAGAAGUGUUUAUGUAUGAACAACAUUGUAAAAAUUUAGUGAUAUUACAUGCAAUAAAUUAAGGACAUCAUUCUAAAAUUAUUUCAUUAAUAGUCCAUAAUUUACGUGCUUACUGGUAUACAAGGCUAGUUUAAUAAGAUUAUUUUCACUGAUGUUUAGGAAGCACAUGACCAGAUAAUCUGAUCAGUUAGACAAGGAAUCAAUUUGUAUGAUUUAGGUCCACUCAGUUUAUUUGUUAAAUACAGGUAUCCAGGUGUUAUUGGAUAUCACAGACAACAUCUUACGUACAGUAUCAGAUUAUAGAUUUCAUUUUGUUCAUCACCCACUUUAGACUGAAGCAUGUUUGAUAUGGCAGCUGAGUAUUCUGACAUUUUGUGAAAUUUUACUUGCAACUGUAAUCCUAAUUCUUAUGUAAUCUGCAUGUACUUAUGUUCUGAAACUGUUCUUUACAAAACCUUUGUUUAUCUCGAGUGUCCUGUCAGACAUGUUUCUCAUUCCAUGGAAAUGAUUUUCAUCAAGGAAUUAUUGACAUUCACCCCUUCGUUUUAUCCACAUCAAAUGUAAAUAUAAAUAUGAUUUUUAAUUAAUCACAUAAUCAUGUUAUACAGUUUAAAUUUGUUGAAAUAAAUCUUGCCCAGAGCACCAUUG